AUGGCGCACGAGUCAGUUGCAGUGUUCAGUAAUGGUGUUUGCCCUGGUCCUGUCGAGAUGUCUCCGACAGCUUCUUCUCCUCCUCAUCAGCAGCAGGCCAAGCCCAACCACGCGCACGCAAACGGGCAAGCCAACCUGAGCAGCCGUUCUGGGUCAAUGAGUCACGCGGGGUCACCUCGACCGUCACUCACCCGACAGCCCAGCGCGGCCACUGAUGUUGGAGACGGAUCCAAACCCAAUGAUUAUCUCAUAUGGGCUAUUCUGGCCUGCCUCUGUCCUGUUUGGCCCAUUAACAUCGUCGGCUUGACCUUCUCAGUCAUGUCUCGAAACAGUCUGCAGCAGGGCAAUAUGGAUGGUGCGCGUCGUCUUGGCCAGAAUGCAAAAAUCCUGUCCAUCGUGUCAUUGGUGGGUGGGAUUGUCAUCAUUAUUGUUACUAUCAUCAUCAACUGGGGUGUAAUACUUAAGACCUGAUGGCUGUCACGACAC